CGGGAUAGUGUCGUGAUUUUUCCAGCGAAGACAAUCAAUCGAAGCAUUCCAGUUCGUGUUACUUAAAGGCCUGCUACAAUGGAUAUUUUCCAAAAUCAAUGCAGCGAAAGCUUGGGCUUUGAUUCGAUGCUCUCGUCGAAUCAUCUCAAUUCACCGCUGCACGAUUCACCGGGUUCGCCAAAUCAACUCACAUUCGGACCCUCGUCGCCGUACUUUUCCUCCAUCUCGCAGCAACUGUGCGGGACGGGAACUGGCGGCGGGUCCACCAGCGGUCCGAACGAUGUGAUACUUCCGAGCAUUUUCGUGAAAAUUCCCACUCAAAUCAAUCAGCAGUACCAGCAGGAGAACCGGCUGCGCAAUGCACGCAAUCCAAGUGAGAUCAAGUGCGAAGAAAGGGCGGAACCUAUCAAAAGUGAGAUGGCUGAUACACGGUUGAAGCUAACAAGCGCAACCAUUUCCGACCAGCUACCCGACCUCAUCGAUAACUACUUGAACGAUACACCGCGUGCAUCGAGCAAUAAUGGGGUGGGUUGUGCUGAAGAAUACUCCAUCCAUCGUUGUGAUCACUGUCCGUAUGCAACCCUCUCGGAGCCAUCGUUGGCUGAGCACAAACAAACAAAGCAUACCACGGGUGGACGAAUGCUUCUCGGUACCCUAAGCUGUCCGGUUUGUGAGAAUAAGUUUUACAAAAAGACAGUCCUAGAGCUACAUUUGCUGGACGACCACGAAAUGGCAAGAAACGAGGUGGAGUUGCUGUGCGGUAGGAUUUCAAACCUUCAACAGAGCGCAGGUUGUGCUCCAUCGGCCGUUUCUUCGUCUGUGGCACAGACCAGCAGCACUCUAACGCAAACGAUUUCCACCGCGGUGGCCCCAAACAAGAGUCGGAUCUACAUUAAAGAUGUACAGUUGCUCAAAAAACCGGAUGUUAUCGCCCAGGAGACGCAAAAUGGAACCCAUGUUCAGCAAACCCAGGUUCAGCAGAUGCUUCCAAUGGAUCAACAACAGCAAUCUUCGCACCCUUGUUCGCAAGACAAUCAUCUUUCUGCUACAGAAUCGUCUUCCCAUGAACAGUACCAGAGCGAACAACACCAACCAGCCGCACCAACCGCACAUGGUUCCGGGAGCGGUAGUAAAAUCUUCAUUCGGAAUGUUUCUCUGCUGCAGAACGUUAACUUUACACCGACGGCUGAAAAUCUGCUUUCCAAUGGUGGCAAGUAUCAUUCGUUUAUGAACCAUGAGUGUCAAAGCGAUCUGUCGUCGCCCGCAAUCGAUACAUCUUCGUCGAUCGAUGAUAGUUACUGCCAAAUGAUGCCUUCGACCGUCGCUACGCAACCGAGGAGCAACCGUAUCUACAUUAAAAAUGUUGAUAUUCUACGAAAUCCUCUGCUUUCAUUGGAUCACACAGGGCCGGCGUCGGCAUCCAAUUCGUACAAUGCGCCGACCACCAGCCGGGCAAGUAGUUGCGAAAGUAUAAUCUGCACAUCGACUCCACCACCACCACCACCGCCGGUGCCGCAGCCAUCAACCUCGUCGCAAUCACUUCCACCGAUAGUGCCACCAACAGCAGCAACGAUAAUCCCUCUUUCGCAACUAACCGAAUCGCAGUUGGCGCCAGGAAAUGAGCAAUCUCUUACCGGAGAGGGUAUGGACCAAGGCUUGAGGCCUUCAGUGGACGAAAAUGGGAGUAUGCUAGGACUGAUGGCACCACAGCAGCAACAAACGCAAUCGAUCGGACAGGGAGCGAUCAGUUUACCCAUGAUGUACACCACCGUAUCAGAACCAACGAGAAUCCCGGACAGUUGCUCAUCGUCGUGUAUUUCCAUCGCACCGGUAAACUCCUCAUCGACAACCAACACCCAAUCGAACCCAUCUUGUAAUGGGUAUCAGUUAGCUUCGUUUACUUCCGAUGGGCAACACCAACAGCAGGAGCCGAGGAAAAGUAAAAUAUUUAUCAAAAACAUAAGUGUCCUCAAGCAACCGACCAUCCACCUGAAAUCGGUCGACGAAGUGAACCUGAUGACGUACGAUCAGCUGCAGCUGCAAAACUUACUUCCCGUCGGAGUGAACGCACCGGUUGGGUGUAUCAUGAGUAUGGAUCAGUCGAGCGUUCAUCUGGACGGAAGGCGCCAGCAGGACGGCAUGAUGGACGGUGGUAACAAUGCCGAAGCGAUAGAACAAUCUUUUGGGCAGCUAAUGGAAGCGGUUGUCGAACAGCAGCCACACGAGGAGGCCAUGGAUGGAUACCAAGAUGUUGGUUGCUACGAUGACUUGGAUGUUUGCGAUUUCAGCAAUGGAUUUAACGAACGGGACGAUCCGGGUGGGGGUGAAGGUGCAAUAAGUGUCCCAUCGGGGGGUAGCAAUAACAACACCCUAAGCAUGAGCUGCGAUGGAUUACUUGGAGAAGCACGUUGCGACAAUUUUCAAUCCGGGUUCGAUCAAGACAUUAUCCUGCUGCAACCAUCAAACUCCAGUGGCGGCGACUCGCAACCAAACGAAACGCAAAAGAUGUCCGAAAGUUGGCCACCGGUCGUUGGCGGUGGUUCUUUACUUCCACAGGACACUUCUUGUCCGUCGGAAAGUGUUCCCAUGGAGGAAACCGUUAGUGAACCGCAUAAUGAUGAGGUUGAGCAGCAGCAAGAUAAAGACAUUCUGUUCCUAUGUGCCCAGGAAGUGAUCAAUCUCGACCCUCCGGCUGAUGAACCGAAGGUGAGCGAAGUGGACGAAGGUGUCGGCCUAACGGAUAACUCGAUCGCCGAACUUCCGUCCACUGCAACAAGCGACCAAGCAUCGGAUCGUCCUCGGCCACGCGGUCGUCCAAAGGGCGCAAAGCAGACGGGCAUAACGAAGCUGAAGAAGCUAUACUCCAAUCUUACCCCACAGGAGGAGGGCUACAAAUGCGACAUCAAAGAGUGUGGGGCACGCUUCCGGCAACCGGAUCGGCUCGAGUAUCAUCGAAAAUGUCACUUACCGGCAACAGCGUGCAGUGCCGAGUCGGGCGCAAUCCGAUGCCCGGAGUGUGGCUCGCUAGAGUUUCGCAACUGGAACACACUCCAUACGCACCUGUGGCGUGAGCAUGCGGUUGAUAUGGAACUGUACGCGUGUCAGCUGUGCAGCUUCAAAACGCCAGUCCUUUGCCGUUUGACAAACACGCACAUGAAGAUUCACUCAGAGGAGCGUAACUUUAAGUGCGCCAUCUGCUCGAAGGCGUUCAAGAACAACAAGCAGUUGCGGAAUCAUCGACGAUCGCAUCGGGAUCCGGUUCAGCCGGUUCAAACGCAGCAACUGCAGCAACAGAACACUUCCGAGGAUGUUGCCUCAACCGACAUGGCGGUGGUGGAGAAUGCACCCCCGGUGGAAUCAGCUACAGCCGCCAAGUCGUCGUCGAAGCCAAAUAAACCCUCCGCCGUUCCUAUUAAGUGUGUCAAGUGUGGUCAAAAGUUCACCAGCCAGCGCCAACUGCAUUCCCAUAUGGAAGCGAAGCAUCCACCCACCUCGGACGGAGGGCUGGCGAGUGAGGCGCCCGGGAAGCAUCGAUGUGUCAUGUGCGGGAUGAUGUUUAAGACGCGCUACCUGCUGCAAUCACACUCGGCGAAACACUCGGACGAAAAGCGAUUCAAGUGUGAACACUGCGAUUACACGACGAACGAUCACAAUGCCUUCCGGCGUCACAAGAUGCGCCACAACACCAAGGGGAACCAUAUGUACAAGUGUAGCUACUGCGACUACACCAGCAUCCAGAGCACGACCUACCGGAAGCACCUGGAGCGGAUGCACGCCGACGAGGCAUCGCGGUUGCUUUACAAAUGCGCCAAAUGUCCGUUCGUGUCGAUAAGCGAGCUGAAAUAUCAGCUGCACCGGGCAAAGCACGAACAUCCGGAGAAUGGUGAAGACAGCCCGAUCGAGGACACACAGAAAAUCCCCGAUGAACAGAUGCCUUUGGAGGGAAAUGUUUCGAUAGUGGAAGAUGCAGUCGGUAACAGUCAAGAACAACAGCAAGAGGAUGAUUCACGUGCCUGCGAGAGUGUCGGUUCGGAUGUCAUGAUCGUGGAUAAUCGAGAACCGAUGGAUUUGAACCAUUCCAACUACGAACAGCUUCAACUACAACACCCCGACGUAAGUGGCCUUCAGCUCGUACAGCACCAACAGCAGCCCAUCAUUCGACCAGCAAUGUUCGCCAACAACUUCUCCAAGGUGGAUAACUUCUACGGCCAUAGCCAACUGCAACCGAAAUUACUGAAGCUUACCGAUCGGAUUCCAUCACAUAGGGUGUCCCCGCUUGGGCAGCUUCCGUUGCUACAACCGCUAGGCGUGCAGUCGUCGCUCAUUACACUACCGGGGACUGGUACUUCUGUUUCGUUUGCUGUAAGUUCUCAGGAUCUAGCAACCACUGACUUUCAGAUGAACUCGUAUGAUAUGCAGCAGCAUCAACAGCAACAGCAGCAGCUGGAGCAGUACGAUCAUCAUCAGCAGCAAAUGAUGGUCAACUCAGUAGGCGACACGAUUGUGCUGGGGCGAAAUUGAAUAUUUUAUAGAUUGCAGCCUAGUUUCAACUCUUAAUUAUGACAUACUUUUCUAUUCUAAGCGUCCCAAGCCAGUGUGGAUUCGAAUUCGAUUCCGAAUCCUCCCUGGACAAACGGUA